GCUCUUAAAAGAGAAUGCAUUUCUGCACUAAAUGCAGUCUUUCAAUCGCACAACACAAUUCCGCAGUUAUUCUCAAUAUGUUCAAAAUAAAUAUAAAAAUUUUUAUUUUGCUUUUUGCCAUAACCCAAAUUGGUUACGGUAACGCUCAAAUUAGUGGAAAGGGCGCUUGUCCCACUAAUAUACAAGUUAUGAAAAACUUCGAUUUAAAACAAUAUCUUGGCAUUUGGUUUGAGCAAUUUAAGUUCCCAUACUUCGCUGAGUUGGGCGGUAAAUGUAUAACUGCAAAUUAUACACUUAAUGAUAAUGGUGAAGUUAAUGUGAUCAAUACUCAAAUUAAUAAAUAUACCGGAAUUAUAAAUCUUAUAAGUGGUUAUGCCACAAUCACUGAUGGUGCUAAACUGAAAGUAACAUUUCCCUUUGGUCGUAAUGCAACCAGCAAUUAUUGGAUAUUAGAUACAGAUUACAACACUUACACUGUCGUAUAUUCUUGCUAUGAAGCAAAACCAGAUACUCACUCCACAACUACUUGGAUUUUAACACGUGAACGUAAGCCGGCUGAGGAGACCAUAUUGAAAGCUAGAAAUAUACUGGAGUCGAAUAAUAUUGAUACAGCACAACUUGAGGAAACAGAUCAAAAUGAUUGUGGAAAUUAGUAGUCAAAUUCUUCAAAUAUUAUAAUGCGUUUAUAUUUACAUUUUAUAAAUAUGU